AUGGAGGAUGCAUCAGUUGCCAUCGCCGUCUACUCCAACACACUCCCCGAGGCUUUGCUCAAUGCUCUUCCAGACGAGACAAAAGCUCACUAUGCGACAAUCUACCUUGGCGGCUCCACAGCGCAGCUGAUUUACCCCCCGGGCUUCGCUACCAGAGAUGCUAUCAAUCACGCGUGGGCAUAUACUCAGAAGUAUGCGUGUAUCACGGCCUGCGUCAUUGUCAUACUCGCGUUCCCCGCAGUUGCUAUGUGGAAGAACUACAAUGUCGACAAGAAACAGGUACAGGGUAUCGUCAUUUAA